AUGGCGAGAGACUUCCCCGUCGGCGAAUGGGCACCCGCCGAUCCAUCGCGCGUGUCAACGAGCGAGUUCACCACAGCGGGGUCUGACGAUGUCUUCGAUCCCAAGGGCGCCAUGCCCCCUUCGCGCUUCCAGAACCGACAGAGAUCGCUACCUUUCGGACCGGACGUUGGUACUUCAAAUGGGCUUGUGAGACCCGGCCUCACGAACAAGAACCCGCCGCAGGAGGAUGGGAAAAGGGGGCAUGGGUUCCUUGGGUUUAUGCGGAGGGCUUCAGUGUCCAUCAAGCGGAGGCAGCGCCGUCAUUCGCACGCGUCGCAUGCGAUCGAGGAAAGGCCACAAACAGCUUCCACCCCUUGGCACCGGUUACGACAAGCAGCAAGUUUCAACAGAAAUUCCAAGUACAUUCCCUCUCAAGUCUUUGAGUUGGACGCUUCCACCACUUCCAGCGAGGAGUUUCUCGCUCCUAUUCCCGGCCGCGGUAACGCGCCUCCAAUUAUACCCCGUGGAAGUGGUGGAGAGGCAGCACGAGCAACAGCUGCUGCGCAGAACGAACUGCUCUUUGGCAGGCAUCAUCAGCUACACCAACUAGAAGACCGCGAAAGCGGGAUUGGUAUUGCGGUUGCAAGUCCCGACACAGUUGAAGCCAUAUAUGAUCCUUCGAUCAGCCGCGUUGAUUUUAUCGCCGAAUUGCCUGUAGAACUGGCCAUCCAGAUUCUUGCUCGGCUAGACCACCUGUCGCUCAUCAAAACUUCACUGGUGUCAAAGAUGUGGAAUAGAGUCUCCAGCUCGUCCCAUAUAUGGCGUGAAGCCUUCAUUCGGGAGAAGUCGAAGACAUAUGCGAUGAGCCAUCCAGUCCCUCUGGGAGCAGGCUUGGGAUUGCCCGCGGUCAGCCCGGACCAUGACUGGAAAGAUCUAUAUCGAACUAAGCAUGAGCUGGAACAGAAUUGGGCGGAGGGGGAUUUCGAAGCGAUUUAUCUCCAUGGGCACACUGACAGUAUCUACUGUGUCCAAUUCGAUGAAUAUAAGAUUAUCACUGGCUCUCGCGACAAGACUAUUCGGGUAUGGGAUAUGAAGACAUAUGCCUGCACCUUGAUAAUCGGGCCCCCUAACGCUGCGGAGGAUUGCAACAUUAUGACUGGAGAGGAAGGGAAGCCGGUGCACUAUGCUACCAUGUCACCAGACGAUACCCCGAUAACCCAAUCUACACCACUUGCUAUUACCUACCCAAUCCAUCACAACCAGUCCAUUUUAUGCCUACAGUACGACGAGAAUAUUCUAGUGACCGGCUCCUCGGAUAGCACGUGUAUUGUCUACGAUAUCAAGGAUAACUACCGGUCCACCAAAAGGCUAGUGCACCACGCCGCCGCAGUCCUUGAUCUUGCGUUCGACGAGAGGUAUAUUGUCACAUGCUCGAAAGACGUCAGCAUUUGUGUUUGGGAUCGAGAGUCUGGCGCGCUCUUGAAGCAGCUCCGCGGUCACGCUGGCCCCGUCAACGCUGUUCAGAUGAGGGAUAAUAUGAUUGUUAGCUGCAGUGGCGAUUUCAAAGUCAAGCUGUGGAACAUCGAUACUGGGAAGAACAUACGAGAAUUCACUGGCCAUAAUAAGGGUCUGGCCUGUAGUCAGUUCUCCGACGACUCGAAGUAUAUUGCCUCUGCAGGGAACGAUCAGAUGAUCCGGAUUUGGGAUGCCAAUACUGGAGAGUGCCGCCACGAGAUUGAGGCACACGAUAAUCUGGUUCGAUCGUUACACAUCGACUCCAUCAGCGGGAGGUUAAUUUCUGGGAGUUAUGAUCAGGAUAUCAAGGUCUUCGAUAUGGAGACUGGCAACCAGCUUCUUAAUCUCCCCAACUGGCACUCAAGCUGGGUUCUUAGUGCAAAGUCGGAUUAUCGACGCCUCAUCAGUACUGGCCAGAACCCCAAGAUAUUAAUCUUGGAUUUUGGCUUAAAGAUCAAGGGGAUUGAUAAGUUGGAGAGUAAACCAUAG